AUGUCAACUGCCGAUAUCAAACAAGCCAGCCUCGCAGGUCUCCCCACAGAAAUCCUCCUCCUCAUCGAAAAAAACCUUGACAUAACUGAACAGGCAAACCUCCCUCUCAUCAACCAAGCCCUCCACGCCAAACUCGGGACCGGAGCAUGGAUCCGACUCCGCGAUGAGAGGUCCCUGCCGAGAUCCUUUCUCUGGGGGUUAAAAAAAGACACCGGGCUGGAUGAGUCGGUGCUUUUAUCGGUUCAAGCACCUCUGAAGGCGGCGAUGAGGAGGUACCGUCGUGGACCUAAGCAUGGACUCAACCCGCUGUCUCUGGCUUAUCUGGAGAUUAACGCGGGGUUCGAGGGAUGCACCACGAUGGUGGCGGUUGAGCCUCGCAUCUGCCAGACAUCCACUGGAGAGGCCACUUUUGUCCUGCAGGUGCAGAGCUGGGUGCUGUUCAACUAUCCAGAUCCUCAUCGUCGCAAGCAUCGUCCAGAUGUAUGGGGUCUGGACUUUGUAAACGUGUGUGUGGAUGUGUUGCUAUCUGAUAUUAAAAUGACCCCACUCCUGCACGAGUUCCUGGAACACCAUGAUUUGACAUCGAAACAGAAAACUGUGUCCAGUAUGUUCCACUGUCAGACCUGCAAUCUCGACUUUCAAAUCGAGGUGCGAAACUACGCACGAGAUCCGGCUGUGAUGGUGACGCGAUGGAUCGAUCUAGGACAGGGGUUGGAUGCCACAGAUCCCCUCUGGCAGGCAUGUCGGGCUCAAGCAUGCUAUGGAGGAAGUAUCCGUGGGGCAGCAUACGGAGAUGGUCAUGUACGGGAUAUGUUUAUGGCUGCGGGUGGACCAGAUGGAGAGGCUAUCGUCCGCAACUAUGAGCGGUAUUUGUUCGAGGGGCGUUUCACAGAGUAUAUGAGGCAGUGGAAUAGUCAUACCUGGAUUCUCCGGAGGGAGGAGGUUUUGUGGCUGUGGAAUGAGUCCUAG